AUGUUACGCUCUCCUCCCGCUUCUCGCGACCGCGACAAAGUAAUAAUAAGUGACAACAGUGUAGCUAAGUGCAAAGACUGUGAAGUGGUGAUCAAUGAAUUACUAGCUUUUGUGGCGAACAAGGUUGACACAUUAGCCGAGCUUGGACUUAUACAAAUAUGUUUGAGUGCCUACUCCUAUGACGAUAUCGAGUUCGCAAGACAAACUGUAUAUAAAUUACUUGCCCCACAAAAAAGGAUUACUAGGCGAUAUGGCGUUAUUAAAAAGAAUCGCUGUUUACGCACAAGCUCCAAUCCCUACAGUUCCUCUCUGGAAUCACUCAAAAAAGAUCUAGCUGACGUUAAGCUUGCAUUGAAGGAGCUGCAAGAAAAAAGAAUUGGGGUUAACCCUGCAACCUGUGAUACAUAUUCGUCUCCUAUAUCUUGUGAGGACAAGAUUCCCGGAAGGCGGGUAGUUAAGAAUAAAAGUGCACAGAAAUCGCUGUUAGCCAAGAUAAGCUCGCACGCGUCCACAGCGGCCGCUCCCCUUCCACCAGAGCCCACAGCGAGGGCAUCAUGCUCACCUACGACGUUGCAAGGCGCAGCGAACAAUAAAUCAGUCCUACAGUCCAGCGGUACAGAUUCUAAACAAUUGUCCAGUCAGCCGAGUUAUGCUAAAGUUGCGGACGGUUCUGACUAA